AUGUCUGAAGCUAUUAUUUAUAACAAUAUUAGUUUUGAUAAAAUAUUCCCCCAAUGUAGAGAUGAUUUCAAUAUAACUAUAUCUGAUUCGAAUAAUUUAAAAGAAAUGAGAAGUGAACUUUUUAAUCUCUGUAAUAGUUUUAUUGAGAAUAAUGCAUGUAAUAAAGAAAUUAAUUAUGCUAAUUUACUUACCAUUUGUGAGGGUCUUGUUUUUUAUUUAUACCAUAUAAAAAAUAACAGUGAAUCUAAUGAUAAUUAUAAAAAUUUAGCCUGUAAAUAUUUCAAUUACAAGUUACAAGACAUGUUAAAUAAAUAUGAAUGUAAAUCUAAAGACCCACAGGAAGGAUACAGCAUUUUGAAACAAUAUUGGUCCAAUCACACUACAAUUGAAAAUAGUUUCCUUAAUAUAUGUGAUAAGGAGGUUACAAAAUUUGAAGAUAGCACAUUAAAAAUAUUUAAGUAUUUUGAUCAACUAUAUUAUGCUUUAACAUUGCUAGAUAAGGGAAGAGAGUGCACAGACUCUGAUAAAAAAUUUAAAAAUUAUGUGAAUGAAUUAGAAAGUUAUGUAUCCAAUAACAGUAGUAUAGCUACUUUACUAAAUAAUUUAAUAACAAGGUAUAAUAAAAGCAUUCCGAAAAGUAAAUCAUGUGAUAAACCAAUAUCUCUGACUGAAUUACCUCUGAUUAAAGUAUCUGAGACUGAAACAUCUCUGACUCAAAAAACUCAGACUGAUAAAUUUCUGAAUGUAGUAUCUGAGAAUGGAAAAAUAAGAAGUGAAGAGAGGGCGGUACAUGGAGUCCAAAUAAAACACUCAAAUUUAUCAAUGGGAAAAUGGGUAGGAAUUGUUGUUUCGUCUUCAGUAUUGUUAAUAAUGUCAUUCUUUUUAUAUAAGUAUACGCGCAAUGCUUCAUUUAUAGGACGAAGUGUGAGGAAAUUAAGGAAAUUGUUGAAUAAAAAAAGUGAAAAUUAUAACGAUGUAAUGGGAUCAUCUGAAGAAACAUAUAAAAAUAGAAUUCAUAAGCACUAUAAAGUAGCUUACGUUUAA